AUGGAUAUUUCAAAAACAUAUGUGACUAUUUUCUUUGUAGGAAUAUUGACAGUUUCGUUUUUAAACUAAAGCAUUUUGGCCAAUCCAGCAAUCGAGCAAGAGGGAAAUUGCAUUGGGCCAUGUGAUGCAUCCUACGGUAAUAGAAAAUGCGACGAUGAAUGUACAAGUAAACAAUAUGCAUAUGGACAAUGUGAUUAUCAAAUAAAAGGUCAAGACAACCCACAAUGUUGUUGCUACACAACACAGAAAAGGAACUCAUACUCCUUUUAG